AUGUAUGUGUGUAUGUAUGUAUGUAAUGUAUGUAUGUAUGUAAUGUAUGUAUAUAUAUAUGUAUAUAUGUAUGUAUAUAUGUAUGUAUAUAUGUGUGUACAUAUGUAUGUAUGUGUAUGUACGUAUGUGUAUGUGUGCAUGUGUAUGUAUGUAUGUGUAUGUAUGUAUGUGUAUAUAUGUAUGUGUAUGUAUGUAUGUAUGUAUAUGUGUAUGUAUAUAUAUAUGUAUGAGGAGCAUCAUCAAAUUGUGGAAGCAGUUGACACGUUGUUCAGAACAGAACCAGAUUUAGCACAGGAGUUCAAGCGGGUAUUUUUGCCCCAUUUUGUCGAACCACCCGCUGAAGCACCUUCAUCAUCCAGCGAACAACCUGCUGCACAGGAGGAGCACCAUCAAAUUGUGGAAGCAGUUGACGCUUUGUUCAGAACAGAACCAGAUUUAGCACGAGAGUUCAGGCAGGUAUUUUUGCCCCAUUUUGUUGAACCACCCGCAGAAGCACCUUCGUCAUCCAGCGAACAACCUGCUGCACAGGCAACAGCAGAGGAACAAAGUGAACAUGAUGCUGCUGCUAUUUUCUCGGAGGCAACGCAUGCAACAAAUGUUUCGGAUACCUCAACAAUUAACCCAAUAAAAUGCCGAUCUGCAGGUCGUAUGUCGAUUAUGCCGAAGAUAGCGAAGUUAGGCAGUAUUAAAGUAAUAACGUACGAUGAUACUUAUGAGGCAACGAAAUGGGGCCAACCAGAUGAUUUCUAUCUCUUUGAUAGAGUAAGCCUCACACUGAUAUUUACGUACACUUCCCCAAACUUCUCAGAUUUAUGUGGCGGAUUAGCUGAAUUCCCAUAG